GGUUUAAUUCAUCCUGAAAGCAACGAAGAAGAGUUUCAGUCAGCUGUUGUGUUGAGGAACUGCAAACAAUCAUUUAAACUUUGUUGAGUUACAAGAGUAGAAUUUAUAAAAAUAUAUUUUGUAAAGCAAACACUGUUUCUGAGUCACUUCAGUAGAAAAUUUCAAAUAUUUAAAAACGUUUCUGCGAUAUCCUCAGCUAACUUAGCAUAAAAGCUAACUAGCGUUACAUGAGAAAAACAGUUCAAUGAAGUUGUGGCAGGGCUGAAAAAUCAGAAAGAAAUGAACAGAAAAAGAGCCCUGAUCGCAGACACGUUCUGUUUAACGAAGAAACGCAAAUGUGCAGUUGACAGUGUUAGCGAAGACAGUCAAGCAGAUGGAGGUGCUGAUAUCAAGUCAAACUUGCAGUACCUCAUGACACUGUUUUCACGCAAGCUCUUCAACGAUACCCUCCCACCAGUGGUCUUAAAACACCAGCUCUACAGUUUACACAAUGAUAAAACCCUAGUGGACAAGCAGGUGAAUGAGUUGAGGGAAAAUGGUGAUCUGUUGAUGUUCCAGCUGGGGUUUGACUCUGAGGCCUUUGCUUUGGUGUUUGCUGAAGACUACAAAGCCAAAGUCCUGCAGGGGGAAGAUGGCAGAAAAACGCUGGGAACUGUCGAGAAAUUUCUGGCCAAACUACUUCCCAACUGCUCCGAUUUAAGUUUCAACAAAGAAAAAAUGCUUAAAGAGUUCCUCUUUACAGACUCCGAGAUAACGCAGCUGGUGAAAUCAGGCGUCCUCACAGUGAGGGAUGCAGGCAGCUGGUGGCUUUCGAUCCCAAACUCUGGCAAAUUCAUUAAGUACUUCAUUAAGGGACGCAAAGCUGUUCUCGGCAUGGUUAGGAAAUCCAAAUAUGGUGAAAUCCUCAAGACUGAAUUGGAGGGACGCCCCACGACUUCCCAGGUCAAAUUCCAGAUGAAGUAUCACGUCCAUGAUAUAAUUGGAGCAGAGUUAGUAGAAUGCAUACAGACAACAUCAGGGACAUUAUUACGAUACGUGGAUGGAAACUAACAGCUCCACUCACUUGUCUUGAAUUGUACAGAAUUGAACUGUGUAAUGUAUUUAUUGCCAUAUUCUUUUGGCUACGAACAACAGAAUCAACUGUGCACAAUAUAUAUAAUAAAAUUUUUGCCAAAUUUCA